GGCGUGUCCGGACCGCCCCCAGGCCCACCCGCAGCUCGCACGGCCCCUGUCGAGUGGUGCGUUCCACUCUGCUACCGGGCUAGCUGGGCGGCGACAGGCGCACUUCGGAGGAGUGGCGUGGCGAGGCCCAGCCUUCCUGGGUGCGGCGUCUGGGCCCUUCCCUGCUUUCCCUCCCCACCGCGUUCCGUGGUGGUGACCCAUUGGAGUUCCGGUUCCGGUUGCUGUGGCUGCGGGCGGGCGGUGAGUCUGGAGCAGGCGCGCAGUUGGUGCAACGGCUCUGUGCUUUCCCCCUCGGCGUGGCUAGGGCUUGCUGCUGCUCGGGGGGGCUGCGCUGCCCCUGACUCCCCUCCGGGCGAUGGUGCGGCCCGAGGACGCCUCCAUCCCCCGCCGACGCUGACUCGGGUCCCCAAUCCAUGGCCGCCUCGGCGCCGCCCCCACCGGACAAGCUGGAGGGAGGCAGCGGCCCCGCACCGCCCCCCGCGCCGCCCAGCACCGGGAGGAAGCAGGGCAAGGCCGUAAGCAAGUGUACGUGGAAGUUAGAGUCUGGAGAGUGGCUGGGAGGAAAGAGACUUGUAGAAACCUCGGGAAAACUUGCCUCCGUCUGCCCAUUGCUGCUCUUCUAGGUCUGCAAAUGAAGAGCCCUGAAAAGAAGCGAAGAAAGUCCAAUACUCAGGGUCCUGCAUAUUCACAUCUGACGGAGUUCGCCCCACCCCCGACCCCCAUGGUGGAUCAUCUGGUCGCUUCUAACCCUUUUGAGGAUGAUUUCGGAGCCCCUAAAGUGGGGGGCGCAGGCCCUCCGUUCCUCGGCAGUCCGGUGCCCUUUGGAGGCUUUCGUGUACAGGGGGGCAUGGCAGGCCAGGUACCCCCAGGCUACGGCACUGGAGGAGGAGGGGGUCCCCAGCCACUUCGUCGGCAGCCCCCUCCUUUUCCCCCCAACCCUAUGGGUCCAGCUUUUAAUAUGCCCCCUCAGGGCCCUGGCUACCCGCCCCCUGGCAACAUGAACUUUCCCAGUCAACCCUUCAACCAGUCUCUGGGCCAAAACUUUAGCCCACCUGGUGGGCAGGUGAUGCCAGGCCCAGUAGGCGGAUUUGGUCCCAUGAUCUCACCGACCAUGGGACAGCCUCCUAGAGGGGAGCUGGGUCCUCCUCCUCUCCCCCAACGCUUUACCCAACCAGGAGCACCUUUUGGUCCUUCUCUUCAGAGACCUGGUCAGGGACUCCCCAGCCUGCCCCCCAACACAAGUCCCUUCCCUGGUCCAGACCCUGGUUUUCCUGGCCCUGGCGGUGAGGAUGGUGGGAAGCCCUUGAACCCACCGGCUCCCACCGCCUUUCCCCAGGAGCCCCAUUCGGGCUCCCCCGCUGCUGCUGUCAAUGGGAAUCAGCCCAGUUUCCCCCCUAGCAGCAGUGGUCGAGGUGGGGGCACUCCAGAUGCCAACAGUCUGGCACCCCCCGGCAAGGCAGGGGGAGGCUCAGGGCCCCAGCCUCCCCCAGGCCUGGUGUACCCCUGCGGUGCCUGCCGUAGUGAGGUAAAUGAUGACCAGGAUGCCAUUCUGUGUGAGGCCUCCUGCCAGAAGUGGUUUCACCGCGAGUGCACCGGCAUGACCGAGAGUGCCUACGGCCUGCUGACCACCGAGGCCUCUGCCGUCUGGGCCUGUGAUCUUUGCCUCAAGACCAAGGAGAUCCAGUCUGUCUACAUCCGAGAGGGCAUGGGCCAGUUGGUGGCUGCUAACGAUGGGUGACUCUAGUACCAUGGCCUGGGAAAGUGCACCUUUUCCACCGUGCUCCUGCAGAGUGGCUCUCUUUCUUUCCUUGUCUUCCACCACUGGCAUCCCAUCUCCAUGGAGCAGAAACAUGUUUCCUGGAAGCAGAAAAGGAACUGAGGCGGACAGGCAGAAAAGCCUGGGUUGCUUGUCUUCUGUUGUUGUUGGUUUUGUUUUUGUUUUUUUCUGGGAACUUGUGCACUGAGUACCUUCAGAGAUCCAGGAAGCUAAAGCCUGGUUGAGCAGAGCCAUUCCUAGAGUCUAACCAGAGGCUGCAAGAGAAAAUGGGCUGGAGGAAGUUUUAGAGAGCAAGGAUGUCCUGUGCGCAGAUGACCCCAACACCCGUGCCUACAAUACCUGUAUAGCCCCAUGGCUGCUGCUGUAGCUCUUGGAGUCGAAUGUUCAAGGUUCCUUGGCUCCCUGAGGUAGAGCCCCUUUCCUUGGGUUCAGGAGACAAAUGGGGAUUUCUUUCUUUUUCUCUGUGUCCCUUUGCUUCCCCUGCACCUGACUUACUCCAUUCCCCUCGGAGCACCAAAUACCUUGAGGAAAUAGGAGAGUUCCUGACUAGGGCAGUUGUCUGGGCUUCAAGACUGUAGGUAAGAGAUGCUGAGAGGACGUCUUCCUCAUACCAAAGUCAUUGUCCUCUCUCAGCUUCUCUUGUGGUUGUUUCUCUCAGUGACCAUGUUUUGCCAAAAAUUGGUAUAUGUGGUCUGAGUGACCAGAGUAUUUGAAGUUGGGGCUCCCCUAGAAGUCUGGACUGCAGGUGUAACCCCCCCCAAUCUGGUGCACAGUGGGACAGUGCUACUUUUCAGCUCUUGGUGCCCUCAUAUCCUCUGUCUCCAGAAAACAUUUGGGAAGGCACGAAGCCCUUAUACCUCACUCCUUCCCCUGAUGAAAGGAUCCAAGGGAGGCCCUGCCAUGGCUUUGGGGACAUGGGGCCGAGCAGCAGGACCCUCAAAGCCAUGGUACCGCAAGCUGGAAGAACCUGAAGUGGUCUGCUUAGUCUUUUUUAUCCUGCGAUGUCAUCGUGGGCCUGGCGAUCCAGCAAUUAGGCUAGGUUUAUUUUUGGUUUUGUAGCACUCCCUGCCAGAGAUGGGAUCGAGGCCUGAUCAGGAGCCUCUCUCAGCUGCUCUUCUUUCCAGCUAACCCAAAAGUCCAUUCCUCAAAUGGGUGGGGAAGGCAGGCUUGGGUGUGGCCCUCCUGAGAGUCGGAGGUGCCCAGCUUGACCGCGAAGGCUGCCCUCUGGGAUGUCCCGUCUCAGCCCUCACGCUCCCUGCAUGGGGAGAGAGAAGACUCAAGAGUUGGCAGCCUUGGAAGCUGAGGAGGGCGAGGGUGGACCUGCUUCUUACUCUGCCCCCCAAUUCCUAAACUACACGAGGCAGCCCCUCUACUUAGCUUUGUGUUGUGCUAUGGUUUUGUUCGCCCAUGUUACCUGCCGCUACUUUUGUGUUGUCUCCAUGGUUUGUAAAAUGCUCCCGGGGAGGGCCCAUCCCCUUGUUCUUCUCUGCUACCUUUUGGAAGAAAGUGGGUUGGCAGGGAUGUGGUUACAGGAUCUUUUUGUACGGUUGGAUUAAUAAAAUGACUUGAAAAUCCAAA